AUGGCAUGUCGGAACGGCUGCUGCGGCUCGGGUCCAAUAAACGAGGAUAACGCGAGGUUCCUGCUUCUGGCGUUGUUCAUCAUCAUCUAUCUCUUCUGUGGCGCCGCGGUGUUCUCCGCGCUGGAGCAGCCGAAGGAGCGAGAGGCGAAGGAGCGCUGGGUGCAGAGGUUCGAGCUUUUCAGCCAGCAGUACAACCUGAGCAAGAAGGACCUCAACAACUUCCUCAGAAACUACGAGGAGGCGAACGUAGCCGGGAUCCGUGUGGACACGAUCAGACCUCGAUGGGACUUCACCGGCGCGUUUUACUUCGUGGGGACUGUUGUGUCAACCAUCGGGUUUGGAAUGACCACUCCUGCUACCAUUGGAGGAAAAGUCUUCCUGAUGUUCUACGGCCUACUUGGCUGUGCCGCCACCAUCCUCUUCUUCAACCUCUUUCUGGAACGUGUCAUCACUGUUAUCGCUGUGGUCCUCAAGUCCUGUCACAAACAACGCCACAGCAAGGCAAUACUUCCGCAAAACGGCCGGCAAGUCUCAGAGGAAAACAGGGCAGGCGGCGCCGCGGGCAGCAGAAGAGGAAGAGGUGAGGAUCUGGCUGGCUGGAAGCCUUCAGUCUACUGCGUCAUGCUCAUUCUGGGAGUGGCAGCCAUCUUGGUGUCCUGCUGCGCUUCCCUCAUGUACUCAGCAGCCGAGGGCUGGGGCUACCUGGACUCGCUAUACUUCUGUUUUGUGGCCUUCAGCACCAUCGGGUUUGGAGACAUGGUGAGCAGCCAGCGGGUCGUCUACGAGGGCCACGCAACAGUGGCGUAUCGGCUGGGCAACUUCUUCUUCAUCCUGACCGGCGUCUGCUGCAUCUACUCUCUCUUUAACGUCAUCUCCAUCGUCAUCAAGCAGGUCCUCAACUGGUUGCUGAGGAGACUGGAAGCCCCCUGCCGCUGCUGCUUCCCUAGGAGGGGUCACCACCCGCACCGACACCCCAGACGGAACGUGGUGGCCCCGGGUCACCUGCGCUCUCGCAGAGACCCCUCCAUCGAGACAGACGCCAUGAACGAGAGCGAGACUGACACUGGGCGCAGGAUGUCCGGGGAGAUGAUCUCCAUGAGGGAUUUCUUAGCAGCCAACAAGGUGAACCUGGCCAUUAUGCAGAAGCAGCUUUCGGAGAUGGCCAUCGGGCACCCGCGCCAGUCCAGCUCCAGUUCACGUCAGAACGGAUUCUCAGGAGGGGUGGGCGCCCUUGGCAUCAUGAACAACCGACUGGCAGAGACCAGCGUGGACAGAUAG